UCUCAACAAUUUGGAAUGCUAAAAAAACCAUCCACGAUACUUUUAUCUGCGCCUGGUCUAUAAUCCAUCCAGACACUAAACCCAUUGUGAGAUGGUUCAUUGAUGGUCGUGAACUCAACACUACAACUCCAAAAUUAAUUUUAAAAGAAGAGGAUAGAAUGACAGUACUUAAGAUUGGUAACGUAUCUAAAAUCAAUUAUGGAAAUUACACUUGCAGUAUUACAGUUAACACCAACAGAGGUCCUAUGAACAGGAUGAGCAAGAAUUCAAUGUGCCUAUUAGAUGAUCUGAAGAGUUCCGUUAAAGGGAUGCUGACAACAAAUGUAGUAGAAGGUGCCGAUCAAGUAACAAUACCUUGUGACUACUCAGAAACUGAAGGAAAUGUGGACACUGUCAUUUGGAACGAAGUUGAUGACUCAGGAAAAGAUAUAGAUAUAGCAGUAAUUGAUUCUAUAAAGAAAGUAAAUGGUCGUUACAAACUAAUGAUUGCAACACCUGGUAUAGCUUAUCUAAUCAUCGAUUCACCAACACGGGAAGAUUCUGGAAAACUGUUCAAAUGUAUUGUUUUCUUUGCUGAUAAAACUGCUGCCAUCUUGGACCCUCCGUCACUGGUUAAUGUAUGGUAUUUAGACAAGCCAGCUAUCACAAUACCUACAAGUAGUGUGUAUGAAGGCACAUCGUUUACCUUAACUUGCAGUAACAUCAAUGGCAACUCACCUACACCAAUACAAGUCACGUGGUUAAAAGACAACAUCAUCAUCAACAACGAUAGUUCAAGGUAUGAAAUAUAUGAAGAUUUUAAUAGAAUUCGAAUUCCAGUCGCAUCUGUUAAUGACAGUGGAAAUUAUCAAUGCAGAGUAGAAAAUGAGGUAAAUGGAGAAGAAAAGACAAGCUUGAAUCUGAAUAUAUCGGUUAUCAAGUUCCAUUUGAACAAACCAAAUGUCACUGCAUCUCAAAGCGUUAUAUAUGAAGGCAAUUCGUUUACAUUAAUUUGCAAUAAUAUUAAUCCCAAUCCACCUACACCGAUACAAGUCACGUGGUUUAAAGACAACAUCAUCAUCAUCACCAAUGAUAGUUCAAGGUAUGAAAUAUAUAAAGAUUUGAAUAGAAUUCGAAUCCCAUUCGCAUCUGUUGAUGACAGUGGAAAUUACCAGUGCCGAGUGGAAAGUGACGCACACAGAGAAGGAAAUACAAGUUUAGGACUCAGUAUAUCAGUCAUCACAUUAUGUGUUCCAAAUUUACAAUACAAAAUAUCCACGAUGAUCCUCAUUUGCACUACAUUUACAGCAAUCAUUCUCGGUUCUCUUCCAACGUGUUUAAUGUGCCACUACAUUCGUAAAAGAAAGGAAAGAAAAAUUCAUCUCCAGUAUCAAAACUCGCAAUACAAAGCGCUGAACUUUAGACCUACUUCUGCAGUUUACAAAGAACUAAACAAAGUGAAUGAUGAGGCCUCUAGCACCGUGAAGAACGACACAAACUCACCAUCUGUGGAAGAUAAAAUUUGCGCUAAGGUUGAUGUUAUUUACGAAGAUGUAAAAGAAUAAAGACGGAUUUGACGAAUCCCGUAAUAGGUGAUUAUACUAAGAUAUAAUCAAGCAAAGUGAAAAAUAGGGCCUAGAAUGAAAGUCCUGUAGUAACAUUAACAUAGGUCUAUAAAAAAAAACUUAUACAAUUUAACCAAAUACCAGCAUGUAAACAUUUCCUAAUUAUUGAUUGAAAUAAA